AUGGCUUCAUUUGCUCUCAGAAACGCAAAUUCUAAGCGCCUUCUUCUCUCUUACUCUUCAUUCCAUCGUGUCCUAUCCCAUGAUCCUUCUUCCCUCUACAGCAGUGAUGAAUCAUCUCCUUUGUUGUCCCUUGUUUCUUUUCUUCGGAGAUCUAUGGCCACUUUCACUCGAACAAAGCCUCAUCUUAACGUGGGAACCAUUGGCCAUGUUGAUCAUGGAAAAACCACACUAACUGCUGCAAUUACAAAGGUGUUAUCUGAAGAAGGUAAAGCCAAGGCCAUUGCCUUUGAGGAGAUAGACAAGGCUCCUGAGGAGAAGAAAAGAGGAAUCACUAUUGCUACAGCUCAUGUAGAGUAUGAGACAGCAAAGAGGCACUAUGCCCAUGUUGAUUGCCCGGGGCAUGCAGACUAUGUUAAGAACAUGAUAACUGGAGCUGCUCAAAUGGAUGGUGGAAUUCUGGUUGUUUCUGCUCCGGAUGGGCCCAUGCCUCAAACCAAGGAACAUAUACUGCUUGCUCGACAGGUUGGUGUGCCAUCAUUGGUUUGUUUUCUAAACAAGGUUGAUGCUGUUGAUGACCCAGAGUUACUUGAACUUGUUGAGAUGGAGCUUCGCGAGCUACUUAGUUUCUACAAGUUUCCUGGGGAAGAGAUUCCAAUUGUUCGAGGUUCAGCCCUGUCUGCCUUGCAGGGGACAAAUGAAGAACUUGGAAAGAAGGCUAUCUUAAAAUUAAUGGAUGCUGUGGAUGCAUACAUUUCUGAUCCUGUAAGGCAACUUGAUAAGCCUUUCUUAAUGCCAAUAGAAGAUGUUUUCUCUAUUCAGGGGCGUGGAACGGUUGCGACAGGUCGUGUUGAACAAGGCACCAUCAAAGUCGGUGAGGAGGUUGAAAUCUUAGGACUAACACAGGGUGCACCUAUGAAGACUACUGUUACUGGUGUGGAAAUGUUCAAGAAGAUUUUGGAUCAAGGGCAAGCUGGUGAUAACGUGGGACUUCUUCUUCGUGGCCUGAAGCGUGACGAUAUACAGCGUGGAAUGGUUAUCUCCAAGCCUGGCACAUUGAAAACAUAUAAGAAGUUUGAAGCAGAGAUCUAUGUCCUCUCUAAAGAUGAAGGAGGUCGUCAUACUGCAUUUUUCUCUAAUUAUAAGCCUCAAUUUUACAUGAGGACUGCAGAUAUUACCGGAAAGGUGCAGUUACCUGAAAAUGUUAAGAUGGUCAUGCCUGGUGAUAAUGUGACUGCAAAUUUUGAGCUGAUGUCACCUGUUCCUCUUGAAUCAGGACAAAGAUUUGCGUUGAGAGAAGGAGGCAGAACUGUAGGUGCAGGAGUGGUCUCCAAAGUGAUUGCCUAA